AUGUUUUUGUCUUCAGAAUCUGAUUUUAGUUCUUCACUGGACAUGGAUGAUGAGUAUGAGAAGUUUAUUAGAAGGAUGAAUCCACCCAUGGUUGUAAUUGACAACGAUACCUGCAAAAAUGCAACUGUUAUUCAGGUGGAUAGUGCAAACAAACAUGGAAUACUUCUUGAAGUUGUACAAGUUCUUACUGAUUUGAAUCUCAUUAUAACCAAAGCUUACAUCUCUUCUGAUGGAGGAUGGUUCAUGGAUGUAUUUAAUGUGACUGAUCACAAGAGAAACAAGAUUCUAGAUGAAGGGAUUAUCAAUUAUAUUCAUAAGUCUCUUGGUGCAGAUUCCUGCUGUACACCUUCCCUAAGAAGAUCUGUGGGUGUGCAACCAUCGGAAAAUCAUACUUCAAUUGAGUUAACUGGGACUGAUCGACCUGGACUUCUAUCUGAAGUGAGUGCAGUUCUCACUGACCUUAAAUGCAAUGUGGUGAAUGCUGAAGUAUGGACUCAUAAUACCCGGGCGGCAGCUGUGAUGCACGUAACCGAUGAGUCAACAGGGUCUCCUAUUAGUGAUCCUGAAAGGCUGUCUAUGAUUAAGAAGCUUUUAUGUAAUGUACUUAAGGGUAAUAAUAAAACUAGAGGAGCCAAGACCGUAGUUUCUGUUGGGGACACUCACACUGAAAGAAGGCUUCACCAAAUGAUGUUUGAUGACAGGGACUAUGAACGAUCUGUUGAUGACCUGUUGGAUGAGAAUCUUAGACCUAAUGUUACCGUUGUCAAUUGGUAUGAUAAAGACUAUUCAGUGGUCACUAUAAAGUGCAAAGAUAGACCAAAGUUACUAUUUGAUACAGUUUGUACCCUGACUGAUAUGCAGUAUGUGGUUUAUCAUGGAACUGUUGAUGCUGAAGGGCCAGAAGCUUAUCAGGAAUUCUAUAUCAGGCAUGUAGAUGGUUCUCCUGUAAAUUCAGAUGCUGAGAGAGAACGAUUGAUCCAAUGUCUUGAAGCAGCAAUAGAGAGAAGAGUAUCUGAGGGUUUAAAGCUAGAGUUAUGUACAAGUGACCGAGUCGGGCUGUUAACAGAUGUUACUCGCAUCUUCCGUGAAAAUAGCCUGUCUGUUACUAGGGCAGAAGUAACAACAACAGGAGGAAAAGCCGUCAACACAUUUUACGUACGUGAUGCAGCUGGAAACCCCGUCGACGCCAAGACCAUUGAUUCCAUCAGGCAAGCAAUUGGCCUAACUGUCCUCCAGGUUAAAGGCACCUCUGAGAAUCCCAAGUCUCUUCCUCAAGAAUCCCCAACCAGGUUCCUAUUUGGUGGUCUGUUCAGGUCAAAGUCUCUUUACAAUUUCAGUUUAAUUAAGCCCUACUCAUAAAGGUCGCGAAAUCACUAAACUAUUUUGGAUGACCUUUUAGAGUGCUCAGAUCGUCAUGCCACCUUGUAGAUACCCUUCUGUACAAACUUCAGUCCAGAUUAGAAAUAGUUAGUGAAGACGUGAACCUCCGUUAAAUUACGAAUACAGCACAGUCAGUCUGCCUGAGUUCAGAGUGAAAGUAAAUGAAGAUCGUGUAUAUACUUCUCCCGGAUCUAAACCCGAAACGACCAGGAAGGGAUAGAGUUACUACUGAUAAAUUAUCACCAGUUUGCUACUUAAGAAAGACUUGCAUGCUCUCCAAGCAAUGUAUAUAUGGUACCAAAUGGUUUCCACUUUGUUAAUAGCUUUAUCUAUAAAUCUUUGUACAUAUUGAAAAUCCAUCCAUUGUAUAAAUCCAUCCUCUCUUUCUCUAAUUUUGAUUUUGCUUAU